AUGGCGCCAGUCGGAGCCUCACUCUGCAAGGCCAUGGACCGCCUGCCUCCAGCGACCGUUGACAUGGCGCUGCUCAAGGAUGCGCCGUCGUCACAUGAGAUCGAGGACUAA